UAUAUAUGUGGGCGCGAAAGUGUCGCGUACGCAAGUUGUUUGUUUUUGUUUAAUUUACUGUCGGAGCUCGCGCGUCAUAAUCUUCAAAAAUCUACGACCGUUACUUUUACUGCUGAGUUACGACAGACUGACCAAAAUUAUGCACAGACAUCCUAAAAAUAGAGCUCGGGCCAUGUUCAAAACCGAGCAAAGUAGAGCCGAGAACAUGGAGCAUGAUGCUUUAAUGAAAUCUGACUUUCCUGCCGUCCAAAUUCAAGAGCUCGGCGGUGGUGAACCAGCUCGAGUUAACAUCCAGAGUCAGACGAUUUACAGGCAAAAUCAACGACAUUAUGACGAUUUCAACCCAGUCAACAAAUCCCAGACGCAGGACAGUGGGAUUCAACAGGAUAACGUUGACAAGAUUACAUUUCCACCUUUUCCUCCAGUUCAAGCCUCACUAGAGACAGUGAAUAAAGAAAUACAGGAGUACAGGCGUAAGAGAGACACCAUCAAAAGGCCAAUGAAUGCUUUCAUGGUGUGGGCGAAGAUCCACCGACCCAUCUUUGCCCAGGCCAACCCUAAUGCUGACAACAGCAACAUCAGUGUCAUGCUGGGGUUAGAAUGGCACAGACUGUCUGAAGAUCAGAAGAAGCCAUACUAUGAAGAAGCACACAAAAUUUGUGCACAACACAGGCAGAUGUACCCAGAAUGGGUCUUUCAGCCAAAAAAGAAGAAUCAUACCCCAAGAGAACCACCUGUCUCCCAAACUUCCUUACCCUCCACUCUGACAUAUGGACAGAGAUCAGUUCCUUACCCAGUCCCCCUAACAUCUGUCGGAGAAAAUGGCUUACUAGGACAGAGCAGAUUUAAUACUCCAGCCAGCUUUAACCAAACCAUGGAGAUGCAACAAGGUGUUUCGAUGCCAGUGUCCAGCUCUGCCCAUCUCUACCUACCACCACAAGCAAUGAAUCCCUCAAGAAUGUUUCUUAACACUCCUUACUUUACUGCCUCUCCACACCUUUGCAUGUGUGCACCCCAGUUCUACCCAUCAGUUGCCAUUCCAAGAUCAGGCUGUUACUGGCAGAUGCCAUUCUCUGAAGGCAUGAGGACUGAGGAAUUGCCUGUCCAGAAUCAGAAAUAUACCUACAAUUUUCAUUGCGAUUUGGGGGACAAAAGCCAAUAGAUGAUGUAUUAGACUGUGAUUUUGUAAUGUAUAUUGUAAUAUGACAUGUAUAUUUAAUGUGUCUGCCAGAAAAUAAAAAUUGUUUGAAUUGCUUA